AUGUACGCAUUUACGACUCAAGCUUGUUCAGCACUUGUACAUAAAUUUGACGCUAAUAUUUGCUCAUCUCUUAAUCCAUCUGAAACAGAACCAUCUACGCAUUCACCUAUUCGAAACAGCAAUAAAAUAAAAAACGAAAUAAGAAGAGAAGAAGUGCAGAACACUGAAAUAAUUGUGUCUUCUGACAUUUCAACAUCAAGCGAAGAACAAAGAGAAACAACAAUGGGCAAUAAAGCAUUAAAAGAAAAAAGGAAAAAGGCAAAUUUUACUGAACUUACUGAUAAUCAAAUUGAAAUACUUAUUUCAUCAACGAAUUUUUCAGCUGAACAAAUUCGUGAAUGGCAUCAAAAUUUUAUACGCGAUUAUCCAUCAGGUAAACUUGAUCGAAAACAAUUUAUUGAAGUUUAUCGAAAAUUUUAUCCACAAGGAAACGCAACCAAUUUUUGCUCAUUAGCAUUCAAAGCAUUCGACAAAGAUAAAAAUGGUAUUAUCGAUUUUAAUGAAUUUCUAACAGCUAUUGUGUUGACUAUGAGUAGUGAACUAAAAGAUCGUCUUGAUCUUGCCUUUUCAAUGUAUGAUAUCAAUGAUAAUGGUUCACUUGAUAAAAAAGAACUAACUGAAAUUAUAAAAUUAAUUUAUGAAGUAAAUGGAAAAAGGAAACUUAAACAAGAUCUUAAACCACAAGAUCUAGCUCAUAUGAUUAUUGACAAAUUUGAUAUUGAUGGUGAUCGAAAACUUUCUCGACAAGAAUUUAUUGACGGAUGUUUAAAAGAUUCUCAAUUACGAAGAUUACUUACACCAUGA